CGCGUGUCUUUUAUACCUGCCAGAGGCCAGGUACAGUCCUGCACAGAUUGAAUGUCCUGUCCAUCUGUCUAAAUAAAACUGUAACAAAAAAAAUAAAUAACAUGAAGCCGACAGAGCUCCGGGGUUCAUGCUGUAAACUGAGAGGAGAGCCUGCAGAGCUCCGGGGUUCGUGCUGUAAACCGAGAGGAGAGCCUGCAGAGCUCCGGGGUUCGUGCUGUAAACCGAGAGGAGAGCCUGCAGAGCCCCGGGGUUCGUGCUGUAAACCGAGAGGAGAGCCUGCAGAGCCCCGGGGUUCGUGCUGUAAACCGAGAGGAGAGCCUGCAGAGCCCCGGGGUUCGUGCUGUAAACCGAGAGGAGAGCCUGCAGAGCUCCGGGGUUCGUGCUGUAAACCGAGAGGAGAGCCUGCAGAGCCCCGGGGUUCGUGCUGUAAACCGAGAGGAGAGCCUGCAGAGCCCCGGGGUUCGUGCUGUAAACCGAGAGGAGAGCCUGCAGAGCCCCGGGGUUCGUGCUGUAAACCGAGAGGAGAGCCUGCAGAGCCCCGGGGUUCGUGCUGUAAACCGAGAGGAGAGCCUGCAGAGCUCCGGGGUUCGUGCUGUAAACCGAGAGGAGAGCCUGCAGAGCCCCGGGGUUCGUGCUGUAAACCGAGAGGAGAGCCUGCAGAGCCCCGGGGUUCGUGCUGUAAACUGAGAGGAGAGCCUGCAGAGCUCCGGGGUUCGUGCUGUAAACUGAGAGGAGAGCCUGCAGAGCUCCGGGGUUCGUGCUGUAAACUGAGAAGAGAGCUGACAGACGUUGUGAAUAUUGCUGGGAGACGCAGCAGUACCCCUGUUGCAGUCAGCACAAUGAGUAUUGAAGAGCUGGUGCAGCUGAAUGAAAAGCUUCUGCAACAGAUUCAGGUGGUGUUCGAGGAGCUCUCUCAGGCAGUACAAGAGAAAGACUCUCUGUCCUCGGAGCGCCACGUCAGACACAUUGCCAUCGAGCAGCUGUUCAAGAACGGCUCCAAGCUGCCAUGGCUUCCGAUCGGGAGAGCUGGGACCAAGACCAGCAACACCACAGUGGAAUAGGGGCAGAGUUAUCCUCUGUGGGGAGCCCCGUGUUCCUGAUGCUAGUGGAACUGAAGUGGUCAGUGUGCACCUGUUCCAGCUCCGUGAGUCACACCCAGUGCUUUCACACCUCUGAGAGAUAAUCACCCUGAGUCCGAAUAGGAAAAGGCAAGCCAUGUUGAAAGUGAACGCUGCGGGGCGGAGCGUUCCUCCAGCAAGCGCUGCAUAUCGAUGGAUCAGCAAACCCCAGUGAGAAACAGGCUGCUGUCGGGUCUCCGUGCUGAACACAGCACUCUGACGUCAACGUUGAUCUGAUGCCAGCGCUUACUGCCACAGGAUACCCUGUUCAAGGACUCGUCGGUCUGUUCCCCAGUGAUGCUCUGCCCCCCUCCCCCCGAUGCUGGGCUGGAUCAGGUUUCACCCCCGGGGUGCCUGUGAGAGUUAAGGGUGAACUUUGACUCCUGAAGACAGAUGGGGCUCUUCUCCCAAUGCUGGAGGGUUUAGGAUUUAAAUGAAGAGGAGGACUGGAACCCGUUCAUUUUAAAAGUGCAGGAAAAAAAUGUACCAAUGAAUCUGCAGAGAGACGUGCAAGACAUGUGCUUGAACGCUUUCCAGGAUUGGCGUGCGAGGAGAGGUGGGGUCUCUGCAGCGUGUGUGUGUGUGUGUGUGUGUGUGUGUGUGUGUGUGUGUGUGUGUCAGUGUGUACAUUACACUGUGGAUUGUUACCCCUUCCAGCCUCUACUGCAGUGGGUUUGUUUUUUUUUAAGAAUUCAGUUAUUUCAAGUUGUUUUUUUCUUUUUUUUACUUCACUGUUUGUCUUUUUAAUGGC